AAAUAAUGAAAAAAAGUCUCACAUCUCAUAGUCCUAAUUCAGAACAUUAUUAUAUUGGCCCAAGAGAAACUAAAUUACCAAAAUUUGAAUUUGAAUACCCCCCUUCCAGCUAUGGAUUAGUUGUGUCAAGUACUAAAAACUCUAAUAAAACUGAUAUUGUUUCUGAUUCAUCUAGUGAAUCUAUACUUCCACCCUUAAUAUAUUUUAAAAUAAAAGAGAAAAAAGUAAAAAAGGAACAACAAGAAAAAUGUGUGUUAGUUGGAAAUACGUUGCAUCAAAUGCCAAAGAAAAUUAUAAAACCGAAAAUUUCAUAUUAACCUGACAUUUUCCCAUUAAAGGCUUUAAAAAAGAAAAUAGUUAAACAAAAAUUUAAUGGAAUUUAUUUUGAAGAUGAAAGAUACUCUCAAGAUCUUGAUUUUUAACAUAAUUAUGCAAAUUUAAGAACUUACUAUAAUGCAAUCAAUUUAUCAAACAACUUAUAUGUUUCACCUACAAUUAAUUCAUAUAAAGCUUAUAUUGGGAAAGGUAAUAAUGGUCAAUUAGUUUAAUGGAUUUUAAAAAGAAGAUGGUGGUGGUCUGUAGUUGAUAAAGAAAAAGAUUAAGUCAACUUUCUUUGGUAAUAAUUAAGAAAUAAUUCUUAUAUCGAUUCUAUUCCUGAAUCAAGUCAAGAAAUCUUUUCAUAAUAUAACAAUAAUAACGAAUAGAACUUUAUUAUUUUAGAUAUUUAAUAUCAAAAUUUAUUACCUAAUUAAUUAAGUUUUGAGUUGUAGAAAAUAAUAAAAAAAAAUGGUAAAAAUUCUAAAAUCAUAUCAUUUGAACAAGCUUAAAAAUUAUCUUAGAACAUAAGACUAUUUGAAGUAAACAGUAAUACAAAAUUACAUAAUCAUAUUUAAAAUAAUACUCAUUUAGGUAGUAAGAAAAAUCUUUUUUAUAAUAUGAAAAAAUACUAUGAAUAAAAAGGAUUAAAUGUUUUUGAUUUUUUACCUUAAACAUAUCAUAUAAAAAAUAAAGAGGAUCUUUCAAAUUUCGUUUAAUAAAAUUAAAAUCAAUCAAUUUGGAUUGUCAAACCGGCUGAACUUACUAAUAGAGGUCAUGGAAUUUAAAUAUUUGAGACUAUUAAUGAAGUAUAAAAAUAUUUAAGAAAUAUUCAUCAUCAUAAGAAUGGAUCUUAGAAAACAUUUAUUGUAUAAAAAUAUAUAGAAAAUCCAUUACUGUAUAAUCAGAGAAAGUUUGACAUAAGAUGUUAUAUUUUAUUUACUUCAAUUAAUGGAUAACACAAAGGUUUUUGGUAUAAGGAGGGAUAUAUAAGAACCUCUAGUUCAGAAUUCAGUUUGAAUAAUUUAGCAGAUAAAUACAUUCAUCUGACUAAUGAUGCUGUAUAAAAGCAUUCAGAUGAUUAUGGUAAAUUUGAAAAAGGAAACAAGGUUUCUUUUGAAGAAUUUAAUAAUUUUUUACCAAUUGAUUUUUACUAAACAAUUUACACAUAAAUGAAAAAUAUAGCAUAAGAUUAAUUUAAAGCUACAUAUGGUAAAUUGGAUCCUAGGAGAAAAGAAAAUUCAUUUGAACUGUUUGGUUUAGAUUUUAUGAUCGAUGAUAAAUUUAGGGUUUGGUUAAUUGAAACUAAUACAAAUCCUUGUCUAGAAUGUUCAGGACCUUUAUUAAGUAAAUUGAUUCCUUAGUUAAUUGAAGAUCUUUUUAAACUUGUAUUAGAUCCAUUGUAUCCUCCUCCUUAAUUUUAUACUUCAAAAAAGAUUAUAUAUGAUUCAUUCGAAAAUAAAUUUGAAUUAAUUUUUGAUUCAACAAUGUUGGAAGUACCACCUAUAAAUACAUAAGUCUUAAUAGACGAGCAAUGA